ACGUCAGUUCCGGCCGCCGACAGAGCUUUUUCGCGGUAAAAUGAAAAUACAUCCGAUGUCGAUCCGAUUUGCUCCGAUUAAUUAUAUUUAACAGUAAAAAUUUCAGUCAGUGCUGCAAUUGUAAUUUGGAAAUCGCGUUGUUAAGUGAAUUGCGUUGUUAGAGUUGUUAUGAAGUUGGCGCUAACUAGAAUAUAAUCACAACACAGGACCACCUGGCGUCUCUUACUUGUUUAGCUAAAUAUACGGAGCAAAACAAUGGCAGUAGUAACCGCUGAGAGCUUGAAGACAGAGCUGGAAAUGUUUGACGUAUCGUGCCAGGAUUACUCCGUCCUCGAUAAGAUGGUGGAACAGUCUAUUUGUCACAGGAUGCAGGCAGAUGACAUGAUCUUUGAGUGGGUGGCCUACAGUACCACAAAAGGUGGACUAAAACUGUCCAUUGACGCCCUGGAUCAGUUUGAACACGAGGUUUUAAAGAAGAAAGUGAGGAAGAGAAAAGAAGAAAGUCUGAUAAAACCAAGAGAGAUCCACACAGUGCAUGAUAUAAUAAAAGCCGAGGAAGAGGAGGAGAAUCUCUUAGACUGCUACUCUACUCCUGCUAAGGGCUCUCAGAAACGAGCACUAACCACCCCAGAACAUCCUCAGUCAAAGAGGAGCGUAGCUCUGCUGUCCAGCCCUGGUCUGCUGCUGUCUCCAGCCAGCUUCUCUCCCAGUGCAACGCCCUCGCAGAAGUACAGCCAGCGAGGAGGGAAAGGGGAGGUGGUGGUCACGUUCGGGGCCGUGCAGGGCACUCGUUGGUUGGGCAGGAAGAAUCUGAGCGCGGGCCUCCGGCUGGAGCUCCUAGAAGGACCUGAGGACUCUCUCCACUGCAGCUACAAAUACAUGUUCCAGAGGCUGCGAGACGUUAGAAAUGUGUUGACGGAGAAGAUCGAGGAGCUGGGAGAAGGCCUUAGGUCUCAUUUCAACAUUGAAGAGUUCUCCCCCGUCUCUCUGCCUGCACAGGACAGUAUAACCGUGCUGGGUCAGGUUUGCUGCGACAGUAACGGUAAACUGAACGCGCAGUCGGUUCUGCUGGAGGCUGGACCAGAGCAAGGUGGUCAGCAAGUACCUAUUGACCUGUCAGAGCUCAAAGAGUAUUCCCUGUUUCCUGGCCAGGUGGUGGUGAUGGAGGGAAUGAACACUACAGGAAGAAAACUGGUGGCUUCCAAACUCUAUGAGGGCGUUCCUCUUCCUUUCUACACCCCUAACGUGAAAAUGGAAACUGAUGAAGAGCCUUUGAAUGUGCUGGUGGCCUGUGGACCGUACACUCCCUCUGACAGCUUGACCUUUGACCCUCUGCUGGAUCUGAUCGGCGUGAUAGUCAGAGACCGUCCUGAUGUCUGCAUACUGCUGGGCCCAUUUGUGGAUUCAAAACAUGAGCAAAUUGAGAAGAGUCAGGUGACCGAGACGUUUGAGACCAUUUUCUCAAGAUGUAUAGAAAGCAUCGUGGAUGGCACCAGGAGUGUCGGCUGUCGCCUGGUGUUCGUGCCCUCCCAGAGAGACAUCCACCACCAUUUCAUCUACCCACAGCCUCCGUUCACCCUGCCCAACAUGAACAAGGACCAGGCCCAGCGCGUCACCCUGGUCCCUGACCCCUGCACCCUGCUGAUUGACGGCGUGACCCUGGGCUUGACAUCCACUGACAUCCUCUUCCACAUGGGCGCGGAGGAGAUCAGCUGUGGCACCGGAUCGGACAGAUUCUCACGUAUCCUGAAGCACAUGCUGACCCAGAGGAGUUACUACCCUCUGUACCCGCCUGUGGAGGAGGUCAACAUGGACUAUGAGAAGUUCCAGACCUUCGGACAGAUGCCGCUCACCCCCGACGUCCUCAUCGUUCCCUCCGAGCUGCGCUACUUCAUAAAGGAUGUGGUCGGCUGCGUAUGCGUCAAUCCAGGACGCCUGACUAAAGGCCAGGUGGGUGGGACGUACGGCAGGUUGCUCAUUCAGGGCGGCUCUACUCCGGAGGACGGGAAGAGAGUGAAUCCCUGUUUGGCUGCUCAGGUGGUGAAAAUCUAACAGGAGCAAAGACUUUAAAUUCCCAUUCCCCCUGGAAAAUGAGCAAACGUAACCAGGAUCAAUCUGCUCUGAAUGCCUCCCUCUCCAGGCUCUGGUGUAUAACACAUUAAAGGACACACACACACACUGUAUUGGUUUAUUUUUAUAUGUUGGAGUGAACUCUGUGCGCUCGUUACUGGAGUCAUAAACAGCUGGUGGAAGAUCACACAGGUACAACAGCAAUAAUAAAAAAAAAAGCCCCUUCAAUAAAUUAUUUUCAUAAUUUGUACAGUUUUUGUAUCAUUUUCUUCUCCAGUAGAAUGUUAUCAUUGUUGUUCUGUUCAAAUAUAUUUCUGCCAGUAUAUUUUCUGUUUCUAUGCUUCUGAUUGGGUUUUAAAAAACAAAUUGUCUUUCAAACUUAAAUUCAUUAAUAAAAAAAAAAGUAUUUCAACUUU